AUGAGUGACAAUAGCAGCGGUGGCGCGGGGCUGGUUCGGAUCGUGCUUCUAGAAAUUGCCUCGCUGCCAUGUUUGCACAACACGGCCAACCGGUCUAUCGCAGCCCAUCCCGCAGAGAACUUUAAUUUCUUCAAAUUCCCCCGUGCAGACCCUUCCGGAGCGCUUAAAAAAAUUGUUGAGAAAGAAAUUCAAAAUUCUGGCCGAAUUCUGGACAAAGUAAACAGAGCCUUCUCUCCGGAACAAGCCUCAGCGGUUAAAGUUUCCCCUCCCACUAUGGAACCGCAUUUAAAUAUACAAACUAGCCACCUUCCGGGCCUGAUACGUCAUUGUGGAAUGCUCCAUCAGCCCAAAAUAAUUCCGGAAUCUGAAUACCGUGUGCACGGACGUUCGCUGGAAGUUACCCUGUUUGCCCCGGUAUGCCUUACAAAUUAGCAAGAAGUAACGAGACCAGGCUGUAGUGCACCUCUGACCAUGCUGGAAUCGUGGUGCUGACAUUCAUCCCCGGUAAUCGAUCCUCAAUUCAGAAUUGCGGGCAUUAGUUCCCUAGUUUUUGCCCUAUUCGCCUCCCUACGGUCUCUGCCCGGUGGGGGGGUCUCUCGUCGUGUCCACUACGACAUAUUCCGCCGGUGAUAGCUUUUCUUUCACAGACUCUGCAGACGAAAGAAACGACGGAACAACAUGGAUCCCUGCAUCCCUUUUGAUAGCCCGAGUUCCCCGAAGAUCGGGGCACUGUAGGGCCCAAGUUCAUGCUCAUCAGACCUAACCUAGGAGCAGCAGAGCCAACUAGCGGAUGCGAGGUGACCCAGGUGCCGCCACAGAUUCCCAAAAUCGUCAACGGGAUUGCGUAG